GUUAUGACGGCACAAGUCUUUUUGGAUCUGCUGGAUCAUGCAUUCUUUAAAAUGGAGAAGGCAGCUCUAUUGAUAUUCGAUGAAUGUCAUCAUGCACUCGGCAGUAAACACAGUUAUCGAGUUAUCAUGCAGCGAUACUCGCAACUACCGAAAAAUGAACGACCGAAAGUGUUGGGAUUAACAGCGUCUUUGAUAAACAGCAAAACACCACCGAGUAAACUGGAGCAGUUGCUCGAAAGACUCGAACUCACCAUGAACUGUAGCAUAGAAACGGCUAGCGAUCUCGUUUCGGUGGCGAAGUAUGGUGCAAAACCACGAGAAUUCGUGUUGGAAUGUGAGAAUUUUGUUUACGAUCAGACUGAGGCGAACAAGAAAGUUUUAUCAAUAUUGACGAGGGUAUGUAAUCUUUGUGGAAAUUGUCGAGAAUUUCAUCCAGAAUUCGACGUAGAUCCACGAAAACCUUUGAUGGAAGCGAUCAGUAGGACAACCUCGGUUCUGAAACAGAUGGGUGCGUGGUGUGCAUGGAAAGUGUGUCAGGUGAGUUAUAAACUAUUUCACCAACAUUUUCCAUUAAUUUAA